UCCCUCUGAAAGAACCGUACUCAUCCUGCAUAUUUAGGAAUCCAAAAAACAUUUUUUAUUCUUAAAUUUCUCGUUGAUUUCUCUUCGAUCUCAUUUUCCCUUUUUAGCCGGAAUCUCUGGAUUAAAAUUCAAUGGGGUUUGGGUCGGUUUUCAGUCGAAAAAAGAGCCAACGAUCCCCUAACUCAACAGCAUCUCCAAUGCAAACCCCGUCGAGAAACUUCUCCCAAAUACAUCUCCAAGAGCUCGAAGAGGUAUUCAAGAAGUUCGAUGUCAAUGGCGAUGGCAAGAUCUCGUCGUGCGAACUCGGUUCCGUCAUGUGUUCCCUCGGCCAAAAACCCUCCGACGAAGAACUCCGAAAUAUGAUCCAAGAAGUCGACGCCGACGGCGAUGGGUUCGUAGAUUUCGAGGAAUUCUUGGAGCUGAACACCAAGGGGGUCGAUUCCAAUGAGGUUUUGCAGGAUCUGAAAGAGGCGUUCUCUGUCUACGAUCUAGACGGGAACGGCUCGAUUUCGGCUGAGGAACUUCAUAAGGUUCUUCAAAGCCUGGGAGACGGUUGUUCCCUUUCUGAAUGUAGGAAGAUGAUAAGUGGUGUCGAUAAUGAUGGGAAUGGGAUGAUUGAUUUCGAAGAGUUUAAGACUAUGAUGAUGGCCGGCACAAGGUAUGGUUCCAUCAAUUCUUCUUAGUCAGUUCUUACCGUCGAACAUCGAUUGAU